AUGCUUUGUUAUAGGAUGCUCCAACAAUUUUUUGCCGUCUUCGGUGUCUUAUCAUUCUAUGUACAUUAUACGGAUUUAUACUCAUCCGCAACGUCACAGUUUGAAUUCACUGAAGACGCUCGAGCUGCUCUUUGUCCGUUUGUUGGUACUGAAGGGAUGACAUGUUUUGAUGGUGAGCCUGUCAAACGCUAUGGUAGACAAUAUGAUAUAGGCUCUUUGAAGUUACCACGUGGUGUUGGUAUCAGUGUCGAUCGAAACACUGGUCGACUAAUGGCUCUAGCUGUCCAGUUAACUUAUCCACCAGAGGGCAGUCGUACUUGGACUGAUGGUUUUACCGGUGAAAUAUUUGACAUUUUCAAUGAAGCAAUACUCGGAUCAGCUACUAGGGUGGCAGCGUCUUACGAUACUUCUCGUGUUCAUAUUUUUCAGAAUGCUUCGCAAUUAAAUGCAGCAUGGCAACAGACAUUUGCUGAUGGUAAAGUUCGUGGUGGAGAAUUAGCGUGUCCACCCGACUUACUCGAAUAUAUGAAUAAUUACUUUAACCGUGGUGAUGCUCUGGUACUUUCACAACGCGUGAUUGGUUUGUACACGCUCACAUUAAAUGCUUCGGCUAUUCAGCUUAAUUCAUUUGCGCGACGUGCACUGUCUAAAUUAACAGCUACAAUAGAUCCAGACCUCUAUGACGAUUUCGUUAACAGUUGGGGAACGCAUAUUAUCACUAGAUCACUGGUAGGUGGCAUGGUCGAGGAACGAGCCAAAACAGUACGAUGUCUCCGUAGCAGCCAUGACAGUUUGCUUGUUCGAUGCAUGCCCUUUUGGGAUCAAAGUCCAAAGAGUCCUGCUUGUGUCUAUUAUGCUGAUCAGACACGUGUCGUUUCGAAACGGCGUCUUGGUGGAAAUGUUGAAGUUGAUAACGAUCAUGAAUGGAAGAGAACUUUGGCAGUUGCACCUGCUCUCUUGCAGAUUCUUGAGAUGGUUCCUUGGUAUGACUUUGUCACCGAUGAGGCAGUGAAACAAAAUUUACGUACAGUCAUUCAGUAUCGACAGAGAAUUGGGGACAUGGUCCAAGCUGAAGGAGUUCAUCAAGUCGAUGCACGCUUAUCUCCAUGCUAUUCAGGUACUAAAAAGCUUAUUGAAUGA